AACGAAAAAAGUGUCUGAAUUUCCAUAGUUACAAAGUCGCACGAAACCGUGAGUACGAAGUUUCGUUAGGGUUUGCCCAAACUCAAAUUACGAAACUACCCUUUCUACAGUACAAAUACGGUCGUCAUCUCUAAAUUUAGGGUUCUUGCUCCCAAUUUUGAAACCCUAAAUCCUCAAUUCGCCACCCCCAAAGCUCUCACAAUCACCACAACCAUUUCACACAAUGCAUUUGUUAUAAACAUAUAUACAUCUAUAACUCUUCAUCCCACACGCUUCUUCAAUUCAAUUCAAUUCAAUUCAAUUCAGAAACCCUAACGAUGCAGAUAUCAAAUUCAGACGAAUCAGCAACCGUUUCAACUAACAACAACGACAACAUUGAAGAAGAAUCUGUAAUCGAUGCUUCUGGAAAGACGCUGGAUCUACAGGUUUUGGAUAAGAGGGUUAAUGAGGGUGAUUGUUCUUCGAUAGAGGGUUUGUAUUUGUAUAAAAAUACGUUUAAUUUGAUACCGAGAGCGGUUGGGGGGUUGAGUAAGUUGAAAACUUUGAAGUUUUUUGGGAAUGAGGUGAAUUUGUUUCCUGCUGAGUUUGGGAACUUGGUUAAUUUAGAGAGGUUGCAAGUUAAGAUAUCUUUGCCUGGGUUGACUGGUUUGCCGUUGCAGAAGUUGAAGGGUUUGAGGGAGUUGGAGCUUAGUAAGGCGCCUCCUCGCCCUUCCGCCUUUCCGUUGUUGGCGGAUAUUGUCGGCCUCGAGCGGUUGACUAAGCUGUCUGUUUGUCAUUUUUCUAUCCGAUAUUUGCCUUCAGAAAUUGGCUGUCUUACUUGUUUGGAGUACCUAGAUCUCUCACACAAUAAAAUGAAAAAUUUACCCGCAGAAAUCACUCAUUUGAGUGCAUUGAUUACGUUGAAAGUCGCUAACAAUAAGCUGGUUGAAGUACCAUCAGACUUGUCAUCUCUUCAGAGAUUGGAACACUUGGACCUUUCAAACAACAGACUUACAUCUUUGGGUUCUCUUGAUCUUGACUCAAUGCAUAACCUUCGGAUACUAAAUCUUCAGUACAACAAGUUUCCAAGUUUCUCUCAAAUACCACAGUGGAUAAGGUGUGAUCUAGAGGGUAACGAUGAAGACAUGACCAACGCAGAGAUGGAUGUACUUGAAAGUGCUGUCACAGAGCUUCCUGUUGAUUCCAUAACCGACGAACACAUUGACACUGCGGAUUCUUUAUCAACCCAUAUGACCGGAUCAUCAUCAAAUAGAAGUAUCCCAAAACAUAGAAAAGGGCGUAGAAAAGGGCGUUACGUUUUGCAGCAGAGAGCUCGCCAAAAGCGUCUAAACUGCAGUAGGAGCAGGAAAUGCGACAAUUCUGCCCAUGUUUCAACUCAAAGUGCAAUCAAAACUGCCGUUUCAUCUGAAUCCCUUCCGGAAGAUUCAUCGGAUAACAAAGGACUUGCUGUAGAUGACGACGGUUCAGAACAGGUUGACGAAAAUUGUGUCAAGGGUAAAGAGGCAGAAGAUAAUUGUAAUGAAAAUGAUGAUGCGUCGGAUAACUCGUGUAGUACAACACAGUCGAAAAGACAUUCUGUUAAGGAUCUUAAUCCUAAGCCCAGCAAGUCAAGGAGACCGAUCGAUAUGCAUUUAAACAUGUCUUCUAAAUAUAGCGCAAUGUCGUUCUGUAGCAUCGAGGACUGUCUUCCAGAUGGAUUUUACGAUGCGGGACGGGACCGUCCUUUCUUGCCUCUCAAUGAUUAUGACAAAAACGUGCAUCUUGGCUCACGUGAAGUUAUCGUCAUGGACAGGGAAAGGGAUGAAGAGUUGGAUGCUAUAACACUAUGUGCUAAAGCUUUAUUAUUUCGUUUAAAUCAAAUCCACGGGUCCACCAAGCUUGAUAUGUUGCACGUCGCUUCAUUGCUUGCUUUGUUUGUGUCAAGUCAUUUUGGAGGGACCGACAAAAGCGGAUUGGUUUAUAGGGAACGGAAGUCUGUAUCUGGAUCAAACUAUAACAAGCCUUUUGUCUGCACUUGCCCUACCGGGACCCACAACAACGAUACAAAAUCCGCAAAACAGAGUAUAAACUCUGCAGAGGAUGCUGUUCUUCUUGGCCUUUGUGAAAAAUCUAUUCAGUUGGUAAAAGCAAGGCGAAAUUCCAUUGUUGUCCCUAUUGGUACUCUUCAGUUCGGUGUUUGUAGACAUAGAGCAUUGCUUUUGAAGUAUCUUUGUGAUCGAGUGGAGCCUCGAGUACCUUGUGAACUUGUGAGGGGGUAUUUGGAUUUUGCACCGCAUGCGUGGAAUGUAAUUGUUGUUAAGAGGGGUGAUUCAGAGGUUCGAAUGGUAGUGGAUGCAUGCCGUCCGCAUGAUAUAAGGGAAGAGACUGAUCCAGAAUAUUAUUACAGGUACAUUCCUAUGAGCCGGAUCAACAGUGAUGCGAGUCUUGAUGUAGACUGUUUUUUUCCUUCUCUUUCUACAUGUGAGGAAGUUAAGGAAGAAGGUUCUUCGACUCUUAUCCAAUGCAACCUUGGAUCAGUCGAAGCUGCUGCUAAGGUGCGCAUUUUGGAUUUAAGUGGGAGCUCUGCAGAUGAAGUUAGGAACUUCGAAUUUAACUGCAUAGGGGAGGUGAGACUUUUAAGUGUUUUGAAGCACCCUUGUAUUGUAAAGGUGUUAGGCCAUCAAAUUUCUACCAAAUGGUUACCAUCAUCAGAUGGAACACCUGAGAAUCGCGUAUUGCAGUCUGCCAUUUUUAUGGAGCAUGUUAAAGGGGGAUCGUUAAAGGACUAUAUUGAAAAGCUUGCAAUAUCUGGUGAGAAGCAUGUUGAUGUGGAACUGGCUUUGCAAAUUGCUAGAGAUGUUGCUUGGGCGUUAUCUGAGAUCCAUUCAAAAGAUGUGAUUCAUCGUGACUUGAAGAGUGAAAACGUCUUAAUUGAUCUGGACGAUGAAAAAUCUGAUGGAAAACCUGUUGUUAAACUUUGUGAUUUCGAUAGAGCAGUUCCUUUACGUUCUUCCUUGCAUACUUGUUGUAUUGGCCAUAUGGGGAUCCCGCCACCUGAUGUCUGUGUUGGAACGCCGCGUUGGAUGGCCCCUGAGGUCUAUCGAACAAUUCAUGAUCGGUCUUCAUAUGGACUGGAAGUGGAUUUAUGGUCUUUUGGAUGCUUACUUUUGGAAUUAUUGACUUUGCAAGUGCCUUACGCUGGGUUGCGGGAAUCUGAAAUUCACAAGCUUCUUUCGAUGGGUAAACGGCCGCUAUUGACAGACGAACUAGAGGCUUUGGGUCCAGCAGAAGAUACAAAAACGAAUAAACCCGAGGGUGAAGGAUACAAAAAAGAUAAAACACUUAGAUUUUUAAUUGAUAUUUACCGGAAGUGUACCAAGGACGAUCCAUUGGAUCGUCCAACAGCAGAUCGACUUUACCGAAUACUGGCUGAUUUCUCAAACUCAACUACAGCAGAAGCGUAGUAGUCUUGUUGCUUGCUAUUUGUCUUCGGCUCGAGUCUUAGGCUGUAUGAGUAUUAGUUGUUAGUGUGUUUCUUGUAUCUUUUGUACUAAUUUCUUUCCGGGGUAUUAGGGCCCAUGUGAAGUCAUUUAUGAAUCUUGUUAUAUUUAUUUAGAAGAUCAUGAUUAAAAUAGGAUUGUACGACAUUUGCAUACAUAAUCAUCGUAUUUGAUUUUA